AUGCGCGUGCUAGCAUCUAUCCCCGUUCUCGCGGCUGUCGCCUCCGCCCAAGGCAGCGCCUGGUCCCAAUGCGGCGGCAUAGGCUGGGCCGGUGCUACCAGUUGCGUCUCCGGCUACACCUGCACCAAGCUCAACGAUUACUACUACCAGUGCAUCCCAGGAUCUACUACGUACCCUACGUGCCCAGGUCUCACCACUUCCACCUCUUCUUCUAGUGCCGCUCCUGUGACCACCACUCUCAAAACCUCGACCGUCCCAACUUCCAUCCGUUCAACGAUCUUCGAUUCUUCCCCUGGCGCUCCCUCCGCCACAGCCGUUCCUUCCAACCCGAACCCGACCGUCCUGGAACCAGGCUGGUACUGGAUCCGAGCCGUUGCCGCUCCCAACUUCCACAAGUACCUCCAAAGCGGCACCUCUUCCGCUGCUUCCUCUAACCAGACCGCUCUCCUCGAGGACCACACCACCGCUGGGCAGUUCAACAUCAUCGACGGCCAAAUCGUCUUCAACACCAAGCCUUCUCAGCUUUACCUCAACGUUGAGAACCCUGCCGAUAAGACCCAGAGGAAGCUCAAGACUUGGUUCAGCACGACGAAGAAUGCCUAUGGCACGUUCAAGUUCCAGGGUGAUACCCUGACGUGGUCCGUGGCGGAUAUCAAAAGGCCGAAUGAAGCCGCUUGGUUGGUGUGCACCGGGCAGGAGGUCUUCAUCAACACGGGCGCAUACUUGUAUCAGACGCCAGCUGGGUGUGCGGAUCAGACUAUCCACUCGUACAGUGGUUCGACCGCUGACCUUUAAGAAGUCAAACAUUGGAUGCCGGUAGUCUGCAUUGGGAUGCCAGUAGUCUUCAUCGGAUAGAAAGACGACGUAUAGUCGUCGAGGAGAAGUCCUAUGGAAGCGUGGUAGACCUAGAGGUAUUGGCUGAUGCUUCGAGUCAGUUUUCGUUGUACAUACUUGAGUUACACAUACACAUAUCACCACCACGUACCUGUCCAUGUUUCAAGUCGUCAACUGGCAAGUUCACGUCUCGAAUGUCCCCUCUUUGGACAUUCAAGUGCGGCCAGCCCACUGAGAAAUGAGAACA